AAAAAGAAAAAGAACAAAGAAGAAAAAAAAAAGGAAAAAAGAAAAGAGGGAGGGAGCGAGAGCUACAGAGAGAGAGAGAGAGGAGGACGGCGAUCCGAAUUGGAGUCGGACUAUUUUUAUCGCCGUGUAUCUCUCGUCUCCUUCAUCUCCUUCGCCUCUUCUCUGAUUGAUCUUGUCUCCCUCUUGCCAUCGAUGGGAACGCCAGAGUUCCCCGAUCUUGGUAAGCACUGCAACGUUGAUGACUGCCGGCAGAUCGACUUCUUGCCUUUUACGUGCGAUCGGUGCAACAAGGUAUUUUGUCUGGAGCACAGAAGUUACACCAAACACCUCUGUCCAAAUGCAAACCAACAGGAUGUGACUGUCUUAGUGUGCCCACUAUGUGCUAAAGGAGUUCGCUUGGUUCCAAAUGAAGACCCUAAUAUCACAUGGGAGUCUCAUGUGAACUGUGACUGUGACCCAUCAAACUAUCAGAAAGCAACCAAAAAAAAGCGGUGUCCUGUUCCUGGCUGCAAAGAACUACUAACUUUCUCUAACACGUUAAGAUGUAGAGACUGCACCAAAGAACACUGCUUGAAGCAUAGAUUUGGGCCUGACCACAAGUGUCCUGGACCAAAAAAACAGGAUUCUGGCUUUCGGUUUGUUGGUCUGCUAAAUAGGAGUCAGAAACGUGAGUCACCAUCAAAUAACUGUUCAAAUGGUUCCUCAUGGUGGGGUUCAAGCUUGCUUACUGCAGCAUCAAAUUUGAGGGCUUCUGCUGAAGCGGGCAUGCAGAAACUGAGCGAUGCAACCACCCAAGCUUUGCAAAGGGCAAAGGAUGGAACUGCACCCAGCAGUAGUGGUGGUGCACUUGUGGAGCAGUGUACUCAAUGUCCAGCAAGGUUCUCCACUGUGUCUGCUCUGAUUGAGCAUGCUGAAAAAUCUCAUCAGCGCAACACUCAGCCAGUUCAUAGUAGGGUGAUGAUCGACGUGUGCCCCAAAUGUAGCAGAGGAUUUCGAGAUCCAGUAUUGUUGGUGGAGCAUGUUGAGAGGGAUCAUGGAGGGUCUUCAACUGCUUAAUAAUAUCAGUGCACACCUGCAGCCUGUAUGGCAAGUAGGUCUCCAUAGACUGUAUGAGCUCAUUUACACUUAUGUGCAGAGACCUUGCUUCUGUCCAUGCUGUUUAUUGUAUUUCUUCCUUUUCAUUUCUUUUUGUAGUUGGCCCUGUGUUACUGAAACUGCCGUUGCUCUGAUAAGUGUGCAUAUGGAUGAGGCUCUUGAAGCAGAUUCAUAUUAGUUCAUAUUGCUGGAAGGAUAAUUGUUGCUUCUGCUUUGUUUACUGGAAGCAGUCUACUUUCGCUGUAGUGUGCUCAAAAUGCAGGCGUUCUCCAAUUAUAUUGGAGAUAUUACAUCAACAUCCAAGUUACUUGACAUUGUUGCUGUAAUUCCUGUCACCAAUUUGAAUUAAGAAAUGACUUUUUUUUCUCUCUUUUUGUUUUCAACGUUUGAUUAAAAGUUGUUUUCUACUUCAACAUCUCUC